GGCAAGGAGGCAUCUCAAAGGGAAACCAGACUCGACACUACACCGCCGGAGUUCUCCUGCCACGGCAGAGUUUACCUUAUUGACACACCUACUGUUUGUCAGUUUAAUCACUAAAUAACCUCUCUAACCGGUAACAACAGCACAGAGCUCGAGCUAAGCCGUGGCUGAAGAACCACGGGUCUGACAGGAGAGGUAUCACACCCUGUCAGCGUCAGCGUUAACCACGGACUGGUAUAGAGUUUAACCUAUUAACCUGCGGCGGGGUCUCCUCCUGCAUGAUGAGUGGUGAUGAACUGAACCCAGCUGCAGUGCCUCAGCCAGUUGAGGAUCGGCAGGGUGAUGGACGGUGGAUGUCACAGCAUACAAGAUUUGUGCAGGAGUGCAAAGAUGGCGAACCAGAGGUUCUUUUUGUAGGGGACUCAAUGGUGCAACUAAUGGAGCAGUAUGAGAUCUGGAAGGAGAUGUUCUCUCCUCUUCAUGCACUUAAUUUUGGUCUAGCCGGUGACACCACCUGCAAUGUGCUGUGGAGGCUGCAGAACGGCGAGCUGCAGAACAUCCGCCCAAAGGUGGUGGUUUUGUGGGUGGGAACCAACAAUCACGACCACACAGCAGAGCAGGUUGCAGGAGGAAUUGUUGCCAUCGCACAACUACUCACUAACCGCCUCCCCAAAGCUAAGAUUGUUGUCCUGGGUUUGUUACCCCGCGGAGAGCAGCCCAACCCGCUGAGGGAGAAGAACGCCGCAGUCAACAGGCUCCUGCGCUCCUGGCUGCCACGGCUGGGCCAGGCUCUGUUCUUGGACGUGAGCAACGAAUUCAUCCACUCCGACGGGACCAUCAGCUCCCAGGACAUGUUUGACUACCUCCACCUGACGCCAGCAGGCUACAACACCCUGGCCAAGCCUCUCAGCGACCUGCUGCUUCAGAUUCUGGAGGAGACGCCCGAGGAGAGAAGGGGAUCGCUGGUUUAAGGGCUGAAAUGUCUGACAGAGUAGGAGAAGGGGGAUCUAGAGCAGGAAGACGCCAUGCCCGACAUAGACACCGAUUGCACUAGGAAGCUGUAAGUUCAAUUCACUGCAGCCACAGAUGGAAUAAAACCACUUUACAAUGUCUGACAUUGAGCCGUAGUUCUGAAUGUAAAUCUAAAUUUGGAAAAAUGAAGAAAAAAUAUCUUUUAAUUUUUCAUUGCCUCACUUUUGACUGUUUUGAUGAGCAAACUGAGCGAUCCAAAGUAAAGCCUAUCCAGUCACUUGGAAAGCUGCAGACCUUCUUUCAGGUUUACGUUCUGUUGUAAAUUUCUUGGUGUCUAAAAACGGAUCAAAAACAUCACUAACCCGUACAGUUGCAAUAUAAAACGUAUGUAUAUAUUUGAAACUGUGGUAUAUGUGUUAAAAGGAGACAAUCCGCAUAAAAUUAAAGCAAAAGCACCAAUUUUUCUUUUUUUUUUUUUUUUUUUUGCCUUUUAAAGCUCACAGUAGUUGUGUGUUUUAUCAUUUGACUCUGGAGAACGAAGUGUUCAAACGCAGCACUAGCAAUCCAAAACUAAAUCACACCGAUACCGACGACGAGCGUUUAUAAGCUCCUGUAAAUAAUUGGGGGGAAAAAGCUGCGUUUGGACUUUCAUCAGAAUGUCUCACUGCUUUACUCCUGGUCAGACGGGAUGCUAGCGCAGCAGCAUGUGUGCUAAAGCGAACCUCGACUGGGUCGUUAGAAAUUAAACACACACAGCCAACUAGUAUCCUAGUAUCCCAUAUUAGUGACACGAUGGCAUUCAGUCUUCCAAACACAGUCUGUGAAAUGUGAAUCUUCUUUCCCAUCCAGCACAGUGAUUUACAUCGUAUUCACAAAGUUAAAUAGCAAGUUAACAUCUUUGUUAGUGCGUUUAAAAUCAGUAUGGGCACAGAUCUAAAUGUACUGCUUACCAAAAACAAAACAAACAAAAAACAGUAUAUAUGUAGUCGUUGCUACUGUUGUUGCCCUCCUGUUGUGUGUUUCUUCCUCCUGUGUGCAGUUUGACAUAUAGACAUGUGCUGGUUUCAUAAUUCUGAGUGAAACUAUUUCAUAGUUCCACAAAGAAGAAGAGAAAAAUGGAAAGAAAAUAAUUGUCCACACAAAAUGACCAAUUAUUACAACUAUACUACGUUUUUGUUGUUCUGAUGCAUAAAAAUGCAGACUACCUACUAAAUUUUGUGUUUUUCAGAAUACUACAUCUUUUCACUUCUCUGCACUUUGAAGAGUAAAUUAAGAAUAAUAAACUGAUAUUGGGUGAUUAGUAUGGCUAUCUACUCCACCACAGCCUCCAGUCAGCUGCUCAGCGUUCUCUUAGUGCAAAUGUUUCCCAAAUUAGUUUUUCUUUAUCCUAAUGGUUGACUAAGUCUUUCAGCCAGCUGACCAGCAGUGGGACGAGCUUGUACCACAAUAUAGUCCAUAAAGCACAUUCUCUGGAGCCUCUUUAGAAAGACUUUCAACCACAGGAUUGGUUGGAUGGAAUUAGUCGUUUGGAUAGGUUUUUAAAAUCCUAGUGCACCUAGACGUUGGUAUCCGGCCCAAGGCAUGGGCCGUUGAUAACAUAUUUUCAACAUAUUUUACUAAUACACACAAAUAUUUGUCUUUCUCUUUGGUUUUUUUUUUCCCAGUCAGAUUUCUUCAGUGUUGAUUUGUUUGUUCCUGACCCACAUGUAACUGACCUCCUGUGACCUGCUCAUUGUGUUGUGUUGCUAACAAGUGAUUUUUAGGCAAAAGUUUGAACUAUAUUCGAUAAGAUCACUCUAAAUGCUAAAAGCAAUCACAAGUAAAAAAAAACAAAACAUACAGAAUAAUUUGUCUGUGAGCUAAUGCUGCGGCUCCUGUUGCACAUCGAGUUUUCCGGCAUUACUGCUAUCUUACGCACUUGCACAUGUGUGUGUCUGUGUGUGUGUGUGUUGCAUGCAAAUACUCUGUGUGUGUGCCUUAAAUAUGUACAGUGAGUCUGGUGCUGGUUUGUGUGUGUAGAAAGGAGCCUUGUUGUGUUUAAGGGAUCGAAAGUGAUCGGCAGAUUGUGUCUGUAUGAUGGGAUAUUUGCUCUCUUAUGGCUUGUUGUCAUGUUACUGAAUUAAAAUAUUCCAAUAAAGACGAAUCCAACCUUG